GUUAAAAUAUUUGCACGAUACAUGCGUAACAAUUUUACAUUUGAAUUAAUUUCAAGAUAAUAUAAUUCUAAAAAAAAUUAGAAAUUAUAAUUAUUUGAAGAAAUCAAGAACAGUCAUGAACUAUUCCACGAUUGAAAAGAAUAAGAAAUGGAAGGAUAUCGAGCAUGAAAUUCUUGAAGAUUGCAGGAGAAAACCUAAAAAAAGGAAGUCUGUUUUUUGGCAAUAUGCGACUGCCGUGAUCACCUCGCUGACUGUGAUUGGGUAUGGAUGCAUCGUCUCAUGGACGUCACCGGCUUUGCCUUACCUCACCAGCCAGAAAUCACAAUUUACAGUAACUGAAACUCAAAGUUCGUGGAUUGCAUCUCUGGUAAAUGUGGGAAUGAUCUUGGGAUACAUUUCGAAUGCCCUAAUGAUAGAUAAAAUAGGCAGAAAAAGAACCAUCCUUGUUUUAUCGAUUCCUCAAGUAAUUGCCUCUGUUUCAAUCUUCCUAGCCAGAAAUUGGAUUGUCCUGUGUAUAUCAAGAGUAAUAAUUGGAAUAGGAUAUGGAGGAGGUUUAUGUGCAACAACUACUUAUCUUAGCGAAAUUGGCGACAAGAAAAGCAGAGGAAUUUUUCUUUCUAUGAUCAAACUUUCACUAAAUGCAGGAAUUUUUUUUGUCAUGCUACUUGGAGCUUACUUGACAUAUAAUACAAUGAACCUGGUUCUUAUGGUUUUACCUCUAAUUUUUAUUCUAACAUUUUCUCUCAUGCCCGAUACUUCUUAUUGGUCGAAAAAGAAAGAGGAAACUCCAUGUUCUCGCAAAGAUAAGGAAGAAAAAGGAAAUAGGGUGAAAAAUUUGUUUUCUGUGAGAAGCAAUCGAAAAGCAUUAUUGAUUGUGUGUCUAAUUGUUGCAACUGAAUGUCUCUCUGGUCAUGCGGCAAUCAUGGCAUACACUCAAGAAAUUUUUGAUUAUAGUCCUUCAUUAUCAGCUGAAUAUUCGACAUUAGUUUUUGGAGGUGUGAAACUAAUAGGUUCAUUUUUCUCUACACAAAUUAUUGAAAGAGUGGACAGAAAAGUUUUAUUUCUUGGCUCCGGGAUUUUAGCUACCAUAGCCCAGGGAAUUCUGGGAAUAUUCUUUUUCUUAAAAUUUAAUAUGCAGAUGAAUGUAUCUUCAGCUAGUUGGGUACCACUUUUUGGAAUAACGAUGUAUGAAAUUGUCGGGAAUGCUGGAAUUGGAAGCAUGGGUUUUGUCUAUUCUGGGGAAUUAUUUUCACCCGAUACGAAAGGUUUGGGAAUAACUUUUUCAUACGUGAUUUACGACGCUAUUGCGUUUCUGGUGAAAUUGCAAUAUCAUGCUGCUGUUAAAGUUAUUGGUAUUUCUGGAACUUUUUUCUUAUUCUCUGCUUUUUGUGUAACUGGAACUGGAAUUGUUCUUUAUAUUGCGCCUGAAACAAGGGGAAAAAGUUUAAAGGAAAUUCAGGAAAUUAUAAGUUCAAGGAAAAAGGUAGAUCAAAAAUAAGGUUGUUUUAGGAUUAAACAAACUAUUCAUAUUAAUAAAUAAGAUAAAUGCCGGUUAGCUUCACAUUUCUAUUAAAUACGUGACGUUUUAUUCAAUGUGUGCUCAUAGAAAAUGAACACAAAUGAAUAAAAUGAAUAUAAAUCGACGUAAUAAAAUAUAACUUUUUUAUUUUCAAUUUUGUUUUUCAAGAAUAAAACAAAAACUACUUAUCCUAAAGAAAAGCAAUAACUGCCAAAUUUGCUAUUCUGUUUUAGGAGCACAAUUUUGUUCAAUUUAUCUCUUUUCGUAUCUUGCUUUGUUUUCGACAAAAUGGAGUUAUUGCUUUUUCAUUAGUUUUUUUGCGAUAAAAAUGUGAAUUUUCGAUUUUUUAAACCAAAAUGCAAAAAGUUGUUUAGAAAGUACUGUAGGGCCUUGAAAAAGUAACAUUUUUUUACCUUCAGUCUUUCCCACUGCACGCUUUUUUGGCUUGAAAUGCUCAUUUUUGUUUUUUUAUUUAUUAUAAAUACUGCUAUAAAUAAGUAUCGGAAGAAUGUUUAAACAUUUAAAAAAAUGGUCUUAAAAAUUUCAAAAUGCUCUUAAUUUUUCAAAUGUCUUCAAAAAAAGAUAGCUACCCAGUGGGCACACAAGUUA